UGUAAGAUGGUAUGACCAGGCAAUUUAAAGUCUACGUUGUGUUACUUUAGCUGAACGGCGGCAACGAGCAGACGAAGAGAAAGAACACGGUCAAAACUCGCCGAGUCAUCCUGAAACACUGUCACAAUGGAGUGGACCGCCAUGGAAAUUAACCCCGAGAUGCUCAACAAGAUGAUGGAUAAGCUCGGCGUGGGUGACAGCUGGCGCUUCGUGGAUGUGCUGGGGCUGGAGGGUGAGCAACUCUCCACCGUCCCGGCACCAUGUUGUGCCCUGAUGCUGCUCUUCCCACUCACACAACAGCAUGAGUCUUUCAGAGAGCAGCAGGUGGGCAAUAUUGCAGAAGACUCCAAGGCUUAUUUCCUGAAGCAGACAGUAGUCAAUUCCUGUGGCACCAUUGCCCUGCUUCAUGCUGUGGCCAACAAUCAGAGCAAAGUGACCUUCAAUUCUGAUUCUGCCUUAAAGAAAUUCCUAGAUGAGACUGCAAACAUGUCUGCUGAUGACCGUGCCAAACAUCUGGAAAAGAACCAGGCAAUCUGUGAUGCUCACAGUGAGGUUGCAGUGCAGGGCCAGUGCAGGCCGGAAGCUGACAAUGUCAACUUCCACUUUAUUGCCUUUGUCAAUGUGAAUGGACAACUUUAUGAAUUUGAUGGGAGAAUGAAUGGGCCAGUGAAACAUGGAGCCACCAAUGAAAAAUCCUUCAUAAUGGAUGCAUCCAAAGUGUGCCGUGGAUUCGUGGAAAGGGAGCAAGGUGAAGUCCGUUUCUCUGCUGUGGCUCUUUGUCGCAGUUAGAUCAUCGGUAGAGAACGAUAUCAUCAACAGAGAGGUCUGUCUGCAUUCACAUGGCCAACGCAAUCAGCAGGCACCCACAGUGACCUGUGCACACACAUACAUCUGCAGACACUAUGCACAAUAAAGCACACAUUGUUUCCACACAUUGCACUCUCAUCUCACGAACAAAGCAUUCUUUCGCAUUAGCACAUGCCCACUCAUACUAUCAAAAACCCUUUCGUUCUGCUUACACUAACUAAUACAAGCUGGUCCAAAUCUCUUUUUUCUGUUUUCUCAUGUAGCUGUUAAAACUGUAAAACUUGAAGACCGAUGUUGUUCCAGUUUUUUUUUGUGUGUUAUUAUUGGUGCAUCUGUGUCCAACUGGGAAAAAAAUAAUACACCGUCUUUUGUGCCUAUUUGUUUAAAAACAACAUUUGAAUGCCACCAUUUGCUGUGUGGUUGAGGUUGUAAGAAUCUUACAUUCCUGAAGGAAGCCCAAAUGUGUCUGUAGGAAUAAUUUAACCAUUGUUCAGAGCAUGCAUGCAACCUUUUGCAUCAUAUUCCUGGGUGUCAUACUGACAUUUCCCUGAAACUCUGUGUUCUCUCAGAAGUUUAAAUUUAAAAUGGAGAAUUACAACAUUAGUGGCAGAUCACAGAAACGUUCUUUGGGCAAUUUUCUUUUUGUUUUAAAUGCACUUUAUUUGAAAAUGUCUCUGAAUGAUCUCAAUGCCCUCAUAGUCACAUGCACUGAUACUGUGUUAGUUUAACACUAAAACAAAAAAUUUGAAAAUUUGCUGCUGUAUGUUGCGGUUGUUCAGGAUGAUUAGUUCUGUAUACCCAAGCUGUGUUAAAUUUGUUUACUGUUUUCUGCACUUUGCAAAUACUGCUGUAGUUCUGCUGGUGAUGCGGCUGUGAAAAUUCAAUAAAGCAUCCAUUAAAAUUAAAA